UUUCAGAGCACAGCGGUUCGAGGCGCCUCUGAGCAUCGAGCCGAGCGACCUGUUCCUCUCAGCGCCGGGGCAACCCCGGGAGUUCCGAUCCCACCGUGCAUCCGCGAGUAUCUUGGCUGCUUCUCCGGCUCCUCCUGCGCCGCCACGGAGCCAUGAAGCGGGACCCGGUAUCGCAGCCUCCUUCUAGCGGAAGAGGAGAGCCCCUCCCUGGGCAGCAGGCGCCAAGGAGGGAGGAGAUGAGGAUGAUGAUGGAGACGGCGACCGCCGAAGAGGCAUUGCCGCCGAAAUCCCCGCUCUGGGUCUUCGGCUACGGCUCGCUCGUGUGGCGGCCGGACUUCGAGUUCACCUCGAGUAAAGUGGGCUACAUCCGGGGCUACACCCGCCGCUUCUGGCAAGGCGACACCUUCCAUCGGGGCAGCGAGAAGAUGCCGGGAAGAGUGGUCACCCUUCAAGAAGAUUACAACGGGUGCACAUGGGGUGUUGCUUAUGAGCUCCGUGGAGAUCAAAUUGCUGCCUCACUCAAGUAUCUCGAUAUGCGGGAAGCAGUACUUGGAGGCUAUGUCACCAAGCUGGUGAAGUUCUACCCCCAAGAAAAAGAGACUGAGGAGCCAAUCUGGGCACUUGUUUACAUCGCUACCCCACAGAAUCCCUCCUAUCUUGGUCCAGCAUCAGAAGAGGACAUUGCAGCACAAAUCAUUGUCUCCAGUGGCUGUGCUGGCCACAAUAUCGAGUACUUGCUGCGACUUGCGGACUUCAUGCGCUACUGCUGCCCUCAGGUGGAGGAUGAACACUUGUUCUCAAUUGAGGCAGCUCUGAUCUCCAUCCUGCCCUGUCUAUACCAUGUUGAGGAGUUGUUAAUAGAAUGAAUGAGACUCCACAAGCCACACAGGCUUCUUUUAACCAAGAACAACAAAUAUGAGAGAGACACAUCUAGUGCAACUAAAGUUAGGUUAAUAAAGCCAAGGGGCAAAAGGGUUGGGAUUGGGGAUGGAAGAGAGCCUGUUACAUACAGUACCUGCUGCUUAAACAGCUGGCAAUAGAUCUUAUUUAUUAUUGUCUUGAGUCUUUGGAGAGAGCCACUGCUACUUGACCAGCCAUCUUUCAGAUUGCAAGGCUGGUUGGAAGACACUCUCUAACCCUAUACACACCUAUCUUGGUGUGAGUCUCAUUGAAAUCAAUAUCAUUUACUUGUGCAAAAGGUUGCACUGCUCAUAGUGGUUUUAAGAAGUCCAAACCAAGCAGUAUUGAGAAGGGCUGGAGAUACAUCAUCAUCCCUUUUUAAACUAACCCACCAAAAGCAAGGCCUUGGUUUUUAACUCUGCCAGCUUUGCCCUACCUCAUCAGUUGGCAAAGCUAUAUUGGUGUAUGUGUGGGGUUUGAUUGUGUUUUUGAGUCAAAUGAGUGGGCCUCUGCCUCCAGCCUCUAUUAUGGUGACUUGACAUUCAUGAGAAUGCCGGGGUUUUCAGUGCAAUAUGAACUUGCCUUCUGUAGGCUCCUAGGGGGCCAAAUUUCCUUAGACUUGUCGUAAAUGAACUAACGAUGCACUACUUUUAUUAUAUGUGGAACUUGAAGAUGUAUUUAUUGUAAGGAACACUUUGUCUUUCAUGAAGAGCAGUGUCCAGAUUGUUUGCUCAUGGCCUUGCAGGUGCCCUGCAGGCCAGGGAGUGUUGCAAGACUGAUGCAAUUGUGCCUUCUAGUUAGGGAGAUGAACUGUUACAGAACUGCUAACUUGAGGCACCUUUCUGCAAUGGGUGUAUAUGGUACUACCUGUAUUACAAUAUAGUUUCUUUUCUUAUUCGA